CACAGCAGUAUGGGCUCAGAAGACAAACGCAACCUCAUCAUCGUCUCUAACCGGCUUCCUUUAUCCGUCAAGCGGGUUGAUGGUGCCUUUGAGUCAUCGCUGUCUAGCGGAGGCCUCGUCACAUCCUUGUCUGGGCUGACCAAGUCGACGCAGUUCCAAUGGUUCGGCUGGCCAGGGAUCGAAGUCAAAGAUACCAAGGAUCGGGAGGAAGUAUGCAAGAGCCUGGGCGAGCACAACGCGAUCCCAAUUUUCCUCGAUAGUGGAUUGGCACAUGAGCACUAUAACGGGUUUUCUAACCGCAUUCUCUGGCCAAUCCUCCACUAUCAGUCUGGCGUCACCUUUGAUGAUGGUCCAUGGCAGGCCUACCGGCGGGUCAACGAGCUGUUCGCCGACGCGAUUGCCGAUGCUGCCGAUGGUGGAACACUGAUCUGGGUGCACGACUAUCAUCUAAUGCUCCUGCCUGAGCUCCUGCGUGAGAGGCUGAGGCAGCAGGGCAAAGCAUGUGCCAUCGGAUUCUCUCUCCACACUCCGUUCCCGGCAGGCGACUUCUGGAGAAAUCUCCCUGUGCGCAAGCAUCUGAUUGAGGGGCUAUUGUCAAGCGACCUGCUCGGAUUCCACACGGACGAAUAUAAACAAAACUUUAUUGAUACCUGUGCCAGUCUGCUCGGGGCCCGCACCCAAAUCCCAAAUCAAAUCGAGUAUAAGAACCGGCUGGUCUGUACGGAUAAGUUCAUCGUCGGGAUUGACCCCCAGAAAUUCACCGACACCCUUCAAAAGCCCGAGGUCCAGGAUCGCAUCAAGACCCUGCAAGAGCGAUACCGGGGUGUCAAGGUGAUUGUGGGCGUUGACCGCCUGGACCAUAUCAAGGGCCUCACGCAGAAGCUGAAAGGGUUUGAUGCGUUCUUGGACGAUAACCCGGAUCUGCGUAACAAGAUUGUGUUGUUCCAGGUGGCCGUGCCUAGCCGGGAGGAUGUUAAGGAGUAUCAGGAGCUAGAAACAGAACUUAGCACGAUGGCAGGUAAGAUCAAUGGCAAGCAUGCAACCCCGGAGGGCACACCGCUACUCUAUAUGCACCGCUCGGUCCCAUUCACCGAGCUGACCGCGCUGUACGCCGUCGCCGACGUGUGUCUGCUGACCUCCACCCGCGAUGGUAUGAACCUGGUGUCGUUCGAAUAUGUGGCCUGCCAGGAAAAGAAACACGGAGUGCUGGUCCUAUCCGAGUUUGCCGGAGCUGCCUCGUUCAUGCGCGAGGGGAGUAUUCCAUUCCACCCCGCCAACAAAACUGAAAUGUCCGAGGCCAUCUACCGGGCACUGAAUUUGGACAAAGAAGAGCGGAAGCGCAAGUAUGAGUAUCUGCGGGACUUUGUCAACACGAACACCAGUGCGAAAUGGGGACAGACCUUUAUUGACAAGCUGUCGCACCGCUGUCGCCGACCGGGAGAUCCAUGCUGA